CGCUCGAGUGUGUGUGCGGAUGUGGAUCGGGGGGUUUGUAAGUUGUUAUCCGGUAGAGGGCGGAGUGAAAGUGUAAGAGAACGUGAGGAGAGGGGAAGCAGGAGCUGCAGAGGGCUGGAGCUGCGGAAAGGAACGGAGCGGACAUGGGUGGCAGCGGACGCCGGGCACCUGCAACCUGAGUGCGGGGGGCAGGAGGAGCAGGAGGGCCUCCAGUUGACUGAACAGGAAGGUUUACAUUAGCAGAGCCGCGGUUAAAGAGAAUAGCCUGCUGUCCGUUUAGCGCCUACACACACACACACACACACACAGUCACUCACUCACACAUCUUAAGAACAGCGGGAGAUGCAUUACGUCAUAGCCUCUCAUUGCCCUAGAUGACCGCGCGCGCAGGACGGGGAGGAUGCGGGGCUGCCGGACUAGAACGGUAACAGAUUCCGCUGCUGCUGCUGACCGCGAGCCCCCGGCGGGUGUGUGUCGGCCGGUAGAGAAAGAAGAGGAGCCGCCGUCGCGCGGCCGCCGGCUCUGAUGGCUCCUCGCGCCCAGGGCGGGAAAGAGUCACAGCAGUCGCCGCGGAGCGAGAGGGUAGGGGACAGCAGGUAUCUGGGAAGUGACGUGGUGUCCGCGCCCCACAAGAAAGCAAAACGGUGCGUUUGUCGUGCGUCUCGCAGGAGGGCAGGAGCGGGAAGGCGAACAUGGCCGCACAGUCCGACGGCGGCAAAGCCGGGGUCGGGUGCGGCGGCGGCGGGGGUUUCGCCCAGCUCUAUGAUGUUGACGCCGAGGAGCCUCUGGACUCCGCGGCGAUCCACAUCUGUCAGUGCUGCCGCUCUUCCGCUUGCUACUGGGGCUGCCGCUCAGCUUGCCUCGGCUCUCUGCUCGGCGGGAGUCCGCCUGCCGGAGGGGUCGGCAUCCGGGAGACUCACUGCCCGCCCCGGGAGCAGCUGUGGCUGGACUGCCUCUGGAUCAUCCUUGCCCUCCUUGUCUUCUUCUGGGACGUCGGCACGGACCUGUGCCUGGCGAUGGACUACUACCAGAGGCAGGACUAUCUCUGGUUCGGCCUCACUCUUUUCUUCGUACUGGUGCCCUCGGUACUGGUCCAGAUUCUGAGUUUCCGAUGGUUCGUGCAGGACUACACCGGCGGGGGCCUCGGGGAGGUCGAGGGGCUGACCAAGCGGGGCACGGUGGUUCUGGGGUGCCUGUAUCCUGGAAGGGACCGCCUGCAGCUGGCCACUAUCUGGCUGUGGCAGGCCACCAUACACAUCCUCCAGCUGGGACAAGUGUGGAGGUACAUCAGGACGCUGUACCUAGGCGUCAUGUCGCGUCGGCAGAAGGAGCACCAGCGGCGCUGGUACUGGGCCAUGAUGUUCGAGUACGCUGACGUCAACAUGUUGCGUUUGCUGGAAACGUUUCUGGAGUCGGCGCCUCAGUUGGUCCUGCAGCUCUGCAUCAUGAUCCAGGAGAACCGAGCCGAGACGCUACAGUGCAUCUCCUCCCUAGCCUCCCUCCUGUCUCUCGCCUGGGUUCUGGCCUCCUACCACAAACUGCUCAGAGACUCUCGUGACGACCAGCGCAGCAUGAGUUACCGCGGGGCGCUGCUGCACCUCUUCUGGCGCCUCUUCACCAUCUUCUCCCGUGUCCUCUCGCUCGCCCUCUUUGCCUCCCUCUUCCACAUCUACUUCGGCAUCUUCGUGGUGCUCCACUGGUGCGCCAUGGCUUUCUGGGUGGUGCACGGAGGCACUGAUUUCUGCAUGUCCAAGUGGGAGGAGGUGCUCUUCAACAUGGUGGUCGGCAUUGUCUACAUCUUCUGCUGGUUCAACGUGAAAGAGGGUCGGACGCGAUACAGGAUGGUGGCGUACUACACCGUGGUGCUGGCCGAGAACAGCAUCCUGACCGGCCUGUGGUAUGCCUACAGAGAUCCAGUGCUGACCGACUCCUAUGCCGUCCUGGCACUGUGCAGCGUCUACCUGACAUUCGCAGGGGGCGUCCUGGUCAUGCUGCUGUACUACGGUUUCCUCCAUCCUGCCACUGCCCACCUCCAGCCAAGUCCCGCCUCAUCCUGCUGUGCCCAGCUGCUCUGGGGUCUCCCUCUCCCCCCGUCAGCCCCACCCACAGCCCCUCCCACACCAGCCCACAUGGCCAAGUCACAGACGGAAGAGGACGUGGCCGAGACGUGUCUUCCCGUCUUCCAGGUGAGGUCUGCGCCCCCCACUUCCAAGCCCGAGGGCCCGCUUAUAAAGAUCGACAUGCCCAGGAAGCGUUACCCAGCAUGGGAUGCCCACUAUGUAGACAGGCGCCUGCGGAGGACUAUAAACAUCCUGCAGUACAUAACGCCAGCCGCUGUGGGCAUCCGCUAUCGUGAUGGACCCCUCCUGUAUGAACUGUUGCAGUAUGAGUCCUCACUCUGACGAACACACAAAUCAGCACACACACACACAUAUACAGACAAGUACACAAAAGCACAUGUGCACCAUAAAAAAACAUGUAUGUAUAUGUGGAUGUUCAGAUUUAGAGAAGAUUUAGAAACACAUUCAUGCACAGAAAGUCACACUUGAUAUAAGCACAUACACACACAGAAGCAAUCUGUCACACUUAUAUGUGUGCGCACACACGCGAUCACACUUACAUUCCUUGCGGGCACCUGCGACCUGUGAGUCCCAUGGCCAUGACUCAACAAGCUGCUUCGGCGCGAGUCCGUCUCCUCCUCUCUUAAACCUUUUGUCACUCUAUUUAACUUUAAUCGUCCCUCACUUGGUCUCAUUUCUUUAAUUUCACAUGUGCGCGCUCCGCUGCAAAGAAAAAAAAAAAGAAAAAAUAUGAAAAAUAAGCGUAGUUUUACGAUGGAGUCCUUGACCACCGCAAGCCAUUUAUGUUGCACGCGUUCACAGGUUAAAGAAGAAUAAAAGGAUGUGACACAAUGACGGUCACUUUUAAUAAAAUGAGUUGUAACAUGUCGUUAUUAGUCUGGUCAAAAGAUAGUGUAUAUAUUUUCCAUGUACAGAGAGGAUGUUUUUUAAUCUGUUGCUAUGUUGUUGUUGGACACAUCAGUUUCUCGACAUCACUGACAAGGUUAACAGGGAGAGUGGCCGAGCAUGAUGGAAAAGAUGGAGACAAAGUGGCAGUAAUGGCAUCCAAUGCACACUCAAACAACAAUUUUUACAUUUGCAGCCUCAAUUUUAAAGAAUCUAAAAUUUUAGCUACAGUUUCUCAAAAGGACAGUUUUAGUUUAGUAGAUUUACUUGUUGUCUUGUCAAAGGCAACAAGUAAAACAUUAGCACUAGAGAGUUGAUUAGCUUAGCUUAGCUUAAAAAACUGAAAACAGGUAAAAACAGCUAGCCUGGAUUUCUUCUUCUAAAGUAUCUAGUAGCUAGCAUCUUGUCUUAUUUAAAUUAUACAAAAAGAUAAAUGUAAAAAAUAGUUUUUUGUGGGUUCAGAAAGUAGCCAAACCAUCUACCAUUAAGAAUAAUUGCACAUUUACUUGCUCCUAAGACAGUAAAAGAGUAACUCUUCAAAUUUUGGAGUUCAUGUGCUUGUGAUUCAAAAUAUGGAAACAAAUUCAUACUAUAAAAAUAAUAAUUCUUAUUGAUCAGGGCUUUUAAAAGAAAUGUGUUAGUUGAUACCUGACCUAUCAGGGUAAUCAGGGGAGUAAGUUUUCCCGCUAAUCUGGUUUACUUUGUGUAGCGCAAUGGUAGAUGCUAUGUUAUAAAUCCAUACUUAUCUAAAUAAAUAAAAGCAUGUAUAUGAAUUUGUAGCAAAUGUUAUUUCUAUCAACAAAAUAGUUACUUUUUUAUGCUCGUUUCUGCCUACACGAUGUCAACAACUCAGCAAAUCCUGCCACAAAAUCUGACUCGAGAUCUUGAAAGCUAAAGGUUUCUACCUGUUUUUGGUUGUUAUGCUAACCUAGGCAGUCUGCUGGCAGGAACUCAUAUUUAAUGGAGAGUUAAAGAACUAGUACAACUUUCCUCAUGUAACUCAAAGGCCAAUUGAGCAUAGAACAAAGCAAGCCCAACUAUAUCCUUAAGAUAGACUUGAAAAAAGUAUGUUGAGGGCAGUUAGCAACAUGUUAGCUGUAACGUGGAAAAAUGAAAAACAGUCGCUUCUUAAAGCAUAUUACAAAAGCACUAAAAUAAUUUCUUGCUGAACAUUUGGAAAAGUAACAAUGUAAAAAAAAAAUGGUGAUUUCAGUGUCUUUAACCGUUUUAAACCAAACUACAACAAUUACACAGGACUAGCUAGCUUUCGUUAGAUGCGGUUUCAGAUUUCAUGAAUAUAUAAGCCAUGCAUUAAAGCUCCCAACUAUUUGAAAAUUCUGAAACAAACUGAAGACGCUUAAAGAAUUGACUUCCAUGUUAAUGGAACAAGAUUCAUAAGAAAUGUUUCUGCCUUAAAUCUGUGCCGUAGGUACAUCAUGACUGCAAACUCAUUUGAAGCCCUACGCUAUAUUCAUGCAUGCACCUCCCUCAGUAUGUAACUGCAUGUGGCGUCAGUGCAGCUCCCAACAACUGUUAAAAAAGCCUGGCAAUGUCUGCUUGCCUAGGCUAUGUCAUAGACUCUACAUACAUAUACUACAAAAUAGCAUAAGUAAAGUCCUAGACGAUGUUGGUCAUAACCAUAUUGCUCAUCUGGGAGGGAAAUAAAGUGUGAAAUUUGAAUGCCAUCUUAGGGGAAGUUCUCCAUCAUUUCCUUUUAUGCUCCAAGCAGUUGUGGGAGGUCUUUUUAUAUCAUAAAAAUAAGGGUAGAUUCAAGAGUAAUUGUUUUUGAUCGAGGUCUAAUACAUUUUUUUGUGUGUGAUAGCUUAAUCAUGUUGGUCCCACACUAACAGGGUGCUGCCACUGAAGCUGACAUAAAACAGUUUUGGACUUCAGUCAUCACAACCCUCCCAGUGACUUGUCUUCUCCUGUUUCGUGUCCAAUAUCAACUCCUCCAAAGCCACCCACGGCUGAGCUGUGGUGUAUGGCUCAUUAUUUAUUUCUUUUGGUUUGUUUACCCCUGUAAUCCAAGCUGUUACAUUGGCAGGCGAAAACACAUGAGCUGAGAUAUUAGUCAUCAGCAUGUCAACGGGAACGGUGCAACUCCUGAAACCUCACAUCGUUGGGGGGGGGUGUUUCCUCCGAUCCCGUUCCAUGAGCCCAGUUUCUCCUGCUUUCUACAACCGCCUUUGCUAUGAGGGCUGGGUAUAGAGAGAGUUAAAAUUGAGGUACGUCAACAAAUUUUGUAAUUUUGGUAAAAGUCAAAGUCUUUCUGAGGGCGACUUGCAAAUAUACGUAAUUUAUUAAUUAAUUCACCUCAAAUUAUAAUUCUGUGAUUGAUUUCAACCAGUGACCCAGAAGUAUGAGAAUAUUUUGAAUUAUUGGUAAAACCUGCAAUUUUAAGGUAUUACAUUAAAAUUUGGUUGUAGAAAAGCUUGACGGAUAUGACCAGAGCUCCCUUUCCAUGGCCACUGACUCUGAAGAUACCAAGGCAUUCCCAAAACAGCCAAGAGACAAUAUCUUUAGUUUGUCCUGGGUCUACCCAAGGUCUCUCCUCAGUAGUCUCACCUAAGAAACUUCCAGGAUGCAUAUUAGUCAGAUGCCCGAAACACAUCACUUGGUGUCUUUAUAUGCUGAGAAGAAACAUCUCUACUCUGAGUCCUUACCUUAUCUCUAAGGAUGAGUUCAGACAGUCUUUUGAGUCUUCUUUCUGGUACUUGUAUCCACCGUUUUAUUCCUUCAGUCACUACUCACAGUUUGUGGCCAAAUAGUUACGGAUCACUACAAACCAAUCUCUGGUCAGCCUCCCAAUCCAUUUUUCCCCAUUCAUGAGCAAGACCCCAAGACACUUUAACUCCUCUAUUUGAGAAAACAGCCUGUCCCCAUAGCGAAGUGGGCAAUCCACCUUCUUCUGGCUCAGAAACAUCACUUCAGACUUACAGGUGCUAACUAUCAACCCCGCUGCUUAUUAGCUGUGAACCACUUAGUGUCUAGAAAGCAAAAAAGUCAGCAUCGUACACAAACAACCAAGACGCAAUUUCAAGACCCAAUAUCCUCUGUCCUUGGCUGUUCCUACAAAUUCUGUGUAUGAAAGUUCAGAGAAAAAUGACAAAGUUGGAGCAACAAAAAACCAAAACUUAGCGAUAAUGAUAGUCCUGAUCCUUACCUUGGGAAACAUUGCCAGCUUUAACCCUAAGGCUUGUUUAAGGGUUAGGGUCACAUCUACCAUUUAGAGCUUUCACCUGUUUGGUGAAAUGCAACCCUAACAGCAACCCUACCACCAAAGUGGUUCACCGAUGAACUGGCGGAUGUUAAGAACACCAUUAAUGACUGAUAAAGUUAAUCAGUAGAUAAAACUGUAAUAAUUACCCCAGUGUGGAAUUUUUUUUAUUUAAAUAAGGAGACUAAAAGCAGAAAUACAGCGUCCCUUUAAGUGUGAACGAUAGGUGGGCUCACAUUAUUUUUCUGUGGUGCUAGCCGACUAACAAAACAGACAAAUCAGUCCAUUUGCUGCGAUCCGGCGAGUAGAAACAUUAGUUGCGAACGCGUAACAGAAGCAGCAGCAUCAGUGUUCAUAUGGUGCAACACUCUCGAGCUUCAGAGUCAACUGGCUGCUAAUCCCACUUCAUAUGGUGCAAAUACAAAACACACAUGUACUUAUGGUGCAAUAAGGGCAGAUUGUCUCUUUGAAUUCUAUGGUGCAACUUGAGUACUGCCUUCAGUUAUCAGCCAAGGCUGUGCCAAAGGCUCCGUCCAAACGGACAACUGCUCUUCCUGUCCUGCAGAAGCUAUGCAAGUCUCCAACAUGGGGGAGAUGUGCUUAGUGUACACACACACACACACAAACACACACAGUUUUCCUCUGAAGCAGGGAGAGACACACAAUGAAAAGCAGUGUAAUAACAUGGGAUGUAUCCCUACCUCACCACUUGAACACACACAAACACACUCACACACCAAUGUCCAGUAUUCCCUUACCCCUUUAUAAUUUGGGAACAAUAUUCAUAUGGUGCUAUUGAGUAAAGCUAGAUGGGUUUUGUAUAGUUGUGGUUACGGUGAAGAAUUAGCCAAAUAUGUGUAUCAAACAUUCAGAUCGAUGAAACAGUCUAAUUCCUUCAUGUUGACAGCGUAUGUAAAAACAGCAACACUUUCCGUCUCUGUGAAACACAUCAAAGCAACAAUGCCUUAUCUGCUCGACUGAAGUGGAGGUGGUUUCUUUUUUUCUUUCUUUUUUUCUGUGUGUGUGUGGUUUUUUUUAAGAUAUGAGUCAUAGGAGGGUGGUGCUACUUUUCUGGUACACUCUGAUCUGGACAUGCACUGUACAUGAAGAAUAGCGUCAACACGCAGAAAUCAAAGGAAAACAGCGUCAUGUGCCAUUUAGAGAGCGCAGUCAGGCAUCUCCUGCUCGUUUCACAGAACAACAAAUAAUCUUGCAUGAGCGAUCUGGAUUUGAGAGUAAAUAUAAAUGGCCAAGAGUCACAGCUUAUAUGUUUCUGAACAAAGAGCAGCUGCCCCGCUUGUUUUUUUUCCCACAGCAUUGACCGCUGAUUUAUUUAUUUAUUUAUUUUUUGAUCCAAUCCACAGCUCUUUGCACCCAGAGCUCCAGCCAAUGAGAAAUCAGGUUUAUUAUAGCCAAAUCAGGUUAGAAGCAACCAAAUAAUACAAUUCUCUCUCUUUAUAUGGAACUACUCAUAAGGAGCGUUCAGACUCAGCAAUAGCCUCAUGAUCAAAGUCCAGGUAUCAUACAUCAGUCUCGGUUGUGUCACCCAGCAGUCAAAAAUCAUCCACACUGGGCCUAUGACUGAGCCUGCACGCUCUGAGUGAUAAGUUUCUUCCUUCAUCGAGAAAACCAGAGCCUUAUUCAUGCCCACACUGUAAGAGAAUUUAAACCCAGUCGGUGUUAUGUCACUGUUGUAUGGCUUCACAUCCACAGCUAUGCAAGGUUACGAGCAAGAAGGUUCUGGCCUUAGAUAACCUUUACAGAAAUACCACAUCACUGUUCUCACGCGUUGCUUGUUUUUAUAUAUAUGUUUUAGGCUUUUUUUUCUCUUAGGAGGAAGGAAUAAACCAUACAGUGUUGAUGUGCAGAAUUGCAAAUAUGCGAUGUACCAUUUGUUUACAGAUUUUAAGCUUUUUGCAUUUUUCUUAAAUAAUUUGGUGAUUAUUUUUAUGGACUUUACAUUGUUCUCUAUCAGGAUUGACUUCUGAUGGUUUAAAAUUGGUCGGGAGGGGAAAACUGUACCUUGGGAAUAACUGGGAUGAAUGCUACCUCCCGACUGAGGAAUGUGUAUCUUGCUGUGAAAAUGAAAUGAAAACCAA